AUGGAGAAAGUACGUACCAUUUCUAUCACCUUAUUCUUCUUCACUCUAGUUAGUGUCUCCUCUUUCUCUAAUCUUCUUGUAGUAGUGGCUUCUUCUCAAAUUAAUCCUAAGAAUUACAAUAUUACUGCUUUCUUUGUUUUCGGUGAUUCAACUUUAGACCCAGGCAAUAAUGACAGAUUGACCACCUCACUCCGAGGUGAUCAUCCACCAUAUGGCCGUGACUUCAAAGGUGGUAUCGCUACCAGCCGUUUCACAUAUGGAAAACUCAUUACGGACAUAAUUGUUUCGAGUCUAGGGAUUAAGGAUUCUGUGCCAGCCUACCUUGAUCCCAACAUCACCAACCACGACUUGCUCACCGAUGUCAAUUUUUCCUCUGCUGGUACCGGAUUGGACAACAUGACUGCUAACUUAGGAAAUGUAAUACACAUGUCAACUCAAUUGGUUGAGUUCCAAAAAUGCGUAGCUCGGAUCCAGGCUACAGUAGGCAAUGCCACUGCAGCUGAUAUAAUCCAGAAUGCCAUAUUCACAAUUGGUGCUUCAACCAACGAUAUGUUGUUUAACUAUUACGAUAUACCCACAAGGAGGGUGGGGUAUUCGUUGUCGGGUUACCAGGAUUUCCUUCUCAGAAACCUUGAGACUUUUGUCAAGGUACGUAUAUAA